ACAAUUUCUUUACGCGGAGUAUCCCAGGCAUAGUUGCCUUGUGCCAACUCAACCCCCUUCGGCUGCUGGACAAAACAAGCUCAACAUCCUAGUUUUUGAAAACAUAUAAUCCAAUCGCUGAAUACUAAGAAAGGAUCGACCUCUAUAUAUGUAGCAAAAUAUAGCUACGGAUCAGAAUUGUGAAGAAAGAAAUAAUGAUGAGCAGCAGGACAUAUCAAGACCCACAUUUACUAUUGCUGGUAAUUGCUUUAGCAGUUCCUUUUGCCCUUGUAGGAUCCACUAAUGGCGAGUACAUGAUUGGUGUGGGCAGCCAUGACAUGACUGGUCCUGCUGCUCAGGUUAAUUUGAUGGGCUAUGCUAACCUGGAGCAGAAUGCAGCUGGUGUCCAUUUCCGACUAAGGGCUAGGACAUUUAUUGUUGCCGAGAGCCCACAAGGCGCAAGAUUUGCUUUUGUUAAUCUUGAUGCUGGUAUGGCUUCACAGCUCGUCACCAUCAGAGUGCUUGAGAGACUGAGAUCAAGGUUUGGAAACUUGUACACGGAAGAAAAUUUGGCAAUCAGUGGUAUUCAUACUCAUGCUGGUCCUGGUGGAUACCUGCAGUAUCUACUCUAUCAUGUUACUUCUCUAGGCUUCGUCCAGCAAUCAUUUGAUGCCAUUGUCAAUGCUAUUGAGCAAAGCAUUGUUCAGGCUCACCAAAACCUAAAGCCGGGCUCAAUCUUCAUCAACACAGGGGACGUAAAGAAUGCAGGAAUAAACAGGAGUCCAAGCGCAUAUCUAUUAAACCCAGCACAGGAGAGAGCACGAUACCCAGCUAAUGUUGAUAAAGAAAUGAAUCUUUUGAAGUUUGUAGAUAAAGCAACUGGGAAAAGUAUCGGAGCAUUCAGCUGGUAUGCUACCCAUGGAACUUCUAUGAGCAGAGACAAUAAGCUCAUCAGUGGAGACAACAAGGGUGCUGCUGCUAGGUUCUUCGAGGAUUGGUUCACUUCUACAACCAAAUCUAACUCAACAACAGUCAUGAACUUCCCCACACCAGAGGUAGAUAUUGAUAAAUUGAUUGAGAAAGCGCAAAAAAUUAAGGCUACGGGAGGACAAUCAUGUAGUAAAAGGGCCAGCCAAGCCUUCAAGGUGAGGAAGAACAAUGGUUCACCAUUUGUAGGGGCAUUCUGCCAAUCAAAUGUUGGAGACGUGACCCCAAAUGUGCUAGGAGCAUUUUGCACUGACAGUGGAAAACCCUGCGACUUCAACCACUCUUCGUGCCAUGGCGACGUCCGCCUUUGCUUGGGCCGUGGGCCUGGAUACCCAGAUGAAAUAUUAAGCACGAAAAUCAUAGGAGAGAGGCAAUUCAACAAGGCCGUUGAUCUGUUCAUGUCUGCUACUGAGGAACUGAGUGGGAAGAUUGAUUAUCGACAUUUGUACCUAAACUUUACGGAUCUUGAGGUAGAUUUAGAUGGAAAAGGCAAAGCCAAGACUUGUCCUGCGGCUCUUGGCCCAGGAUUUGCCGCUGGAACUACAGAUGGUCCUGGCAUGUUUGGGUUUGAACAAGGUGACACAGAGAUCAACGAGCUCUGGGGAAAAGUGAGGGACGCUUUGAAAGAACCAAGCCAACAUCAGGCGGACUGCCAGAAACCUAAGAAUGUUUUGCUCUCUACUGGAGAAAUGUUCUACCCUUAUGCAUGGGCGCCAGCAAUUCUUCCAAUUCAAAUACUGAGGCUGGGAAGAUUGAUCAUACUUUCCGUGCCAGGAGAGUUCACAACAAUGGCUGGCCGGCGACUAAGGGAAGCAGUUAAGAAGACGUUGAUUAAUAAUGGAGAAGGAGAUUUUGAUAAUGAGACUCACAUUGUAAUAGCUGGCCUCACAAACACGUACUCACAGUAUGUUGCAACUAUUGAAGAAUAUGGACAGCAAAGAUACGAGGGAGCUUCGACGCUCUAUGGUCCUCAUACGCUGUCAGCAUAUAUCCAAGAAUUCAAUAAACUAGCAGAAGCAUUGGCAAAGGGAGAACGGCUUCCGAAAACGGACUUGUCACCCCCAGACCUUUCCUCUAAACAAUACAGACUCCUUCUUCCCCCCUGGAUUGACUCACCUCCUAAGGGCGUAAAGUUUGGUGAUAUGAAACAAGAUAUCACUCAACCAAAAGAUGGCUCAUUCAAGAAGGGAGAAAGACCAAGUGCCACCUUCUGGAGUGGUAAUCCAAGGUUUGACCUAUUAACAGAGGGCACAUUUGCAGUGGUAGAGAUGCUUAAAGGGAAGCGGUGGGUUCCAGUUUAUGACGAUGAUGAUUUCAGCUUGUAUUUCAAGUGGAAAUUGGAUAAUAUUACCUUUUCUAGCUUAGCAACCAUAGAGUGGGAGGUGCCAAAGGAAGCUAGCUCUGGAGUUUACCGGCUAAGGCACUUUGGGUCUUUUAAGAAAACAUAUAAAUCCCCUGUCGAAUAUUUUACUGGUGCAUCCAGCGCUUUUACAGUGUCUUAGAGGCAAUCAGUAUCUAGCAAAUGUCCUUUUACUUGAAAAUAAUAUAAAGCUUUCUGAUUCUAA